GCAAUGCAAGAGGAGAGCUCACAACCUCUACUUCUUCAUCAUUCGAUUUUCCCUGUUACCCCUUUUUUUGCACAAACACUUGCGAAUUUCUCUUUUUCAAAUUCCGCCAUGAUUCCAGCCACCCGAAACAGCUUGCUGCUCAUCGGUGUACUGUUUCACCUGGUGUACCUGCUCAGCAUAUUUGACAUCUAUUUCCGGUCGCCGCUGGUGCACGGCAUGACGCCGCACCGCGUGCCGUUGGCAGCGCCAGCCAAGCGGGUAGUGCUAUUUGUGGCCGACGGGCUGCGUGCAGAUAAGGUCUUUGAGCCGUACCACAACACAACCGCCGGCCGCACCGAGGAACUGGCACCGUUUCUGCUGGGUAAGCUGCGCACCGAGGCAUCGUGGGGCGUAUCGCACACGCGCGUGCCGACGGAGAGUCGGCCGGGCCACGUGGCGGCCAUUGCUGGGUUCUAUGAGGAUGUUAGCGCAGUGACCAAGGGCUGGAAGAUGAAUCCUGUCAACUUUGAUUCGGUGUUCAACGAGAGCCGGCACACGUGGUCGUUCGGGUCGCCCGAUAUCCUGCCAAUGUUUGCGCACGGCGCUUCGGAUAGUAAAAAGGUUGACACGUUUAUGUACCCGCCCGAGUUUGAGGAUUUUUCGGGCAACGGCGACCGCCUAGACACGUGGGUAUUCAACGAGGCCGAGCGCUUCUUCAAAAACGCCCAGGUGCCGGGAUCGGAGCUGAACACCAUGAUGCACCAGGAUCAGGUCGUAUUUUUCUUUCAUCUUCUGGGCAUUGACUCUAAUGGUCACGGCUUCAAGCCCUACUCGCAGGAGUACCUGGGCAACAUCAACCUUGUCGACCGCGGCAUCCAAGGCCUGGUUGCGCGCUUUGAUGAGUUUUACGGCAACGACAAGCAGACAGCCUUUGUCUUCACCGCCGACCACGGCAUGAACGACCGCGGCGCCCACGGCGACGGCCACCCUGACAAUACACGCACGCCGCUAAUUGCCUGGGGCGCUGGCAUAGCGCCCACAGUCCCCACGGAUGCAGGCCAGCGGGCGCCCGGCCACGAUGCGUUUUCAGAGCCCUGGGCUCUCACGCAGUACGAGCGCAAAGACGUCAACCAAGCCGACAUUGCGCCGCUGAUGGCCACGCUAAUCGGUGUCCCGCUGCCACUGAAUUCGGUCGGUACGCUGCCGCUGUCGUACCUCAACGCCACCGACGAGUUCCGUGCGCGCGCCGCCCUGGUUAAUGCGCUGCAGGUACUAGAGCAGUACCGUGUUAAGCACGAUCAGAAGCAGAAAACAGAGAUGUUCUUCCAGCCGUACGCGCCCAUGCACCAGCCGACUAACACGCCCGAGGUCAUAUUGGCGCGUAUCCGCCAUAGCAUCGACAGCCGUAAGUACGCUGAGGCUCAAAAGGAAUGCAGUCAUCUGAUUGCACUGUGCCUGGAGGGUCUGCGGUACUUCCAGCGCUACGACUGGCUACUUUUGCGGUCUAUUGUGUCCAUGGGCUAUCUCGGCUGGAUCGCGUACAGCCUGCUGUUUAUCUUUAGGUCCUACGUGCUGCCGCCCCCGCCCAGCGCCUCAGCCUACCGCUCGUCCAGCUCUGGUCUGCUGAGCGCACUGGGGCUCUUGGUAUUUAUCAGCUUUUCGGCCAUGUUCUACAGGCAGCACUCGCCGGCCAUGUACUACGCCUACGUGGCAUUCCCGGUGUAUUUCUGGACUGACGUCCUGCGCCAACUUCCGCUGGUCCAGGCCAUUUACACCAACUAUAUGCGUAUGUCGGUGCGCUGGCGCCCGCUGGCCUUUGUCGCUGCAUACGUUGUUGUUUUGGAGGCCCUGGUCUACGCCUUCUUUGACCGCCGCGUCUACUCUGUGGCCUUUGCGCUGCUGGCCGUUACUUGGCCACUCGCCGUGUCGCCAAAGUUCCGCCGCCGUCACCCGCGCCUUCUGAUCCUGUGGUUUGUGUUCUGUCUACUGACUUCCACCUUUACGUUGCUCCCGGUUGAGCGCAACGACCAUUUGGGCCUAGUCAUGGCUGGUGGCCUCCUGAUUACUUUGAGCGGCUUGGUGGCUUGGCACUACAGCCCGCAUUUUGUGCUGCCGCCGACCGGCGUGGCAAACAAGGAUGCGCAGCGUGCGGCCGUGGCCUUUGAUCGCCUUAUUAUUCUUGUCGAGACGCUGCUGGUCGCUAUAGCGACAUUCUUGGGACCCCUGACAUCAACUGAGACCACCAAGCGCGGUUAUUUGCCGCGCCUGCACCAGAUAGCUUGCUGGACUAUAUUGGUCGUUUCCACGCUGCUCCCCCUGCUGCACGGCUCGCGUCUUAACCGGGGAGCCCGCGACCAGCACUUUCUGUACCGUCUGAUUACCAUCUACCUGGCAUUUGCCACGCCUUUUGUCCUUCUGACUGUCUCAUACGAGAGCAUUUUCUACUUUUCGUACUCUGUUGUCCUGCUUCUGUGGCUGACUAUCGAGCGUGCGCUAUACUUUGAGCGCGCCGAGAACGAAUUGCUCGCUCCCGCAGAGCAAACUCGGCUGUCGAGUUUGCUGGCUCCGAAGAACUCUGUCUCUCGACUGUCCCAGAACUCCCAGCAGGAGCAGUCCGUGUUUGCCUUGGGGAGGACCCUGGGGCUGAGCGAUAUGCGGACAGGCAUCAUGUUUUUGUUUUUCGUCAAUGUCGCAUUUUUCGGAACCGGCAAUGUGGCCUCUCUGGCAUCCUUCUCCAUUGACUCCGUGUACCGCCUGAUCACCGUGUUCGACCCCUUUUUAAUGAGCACCCUGCUGCUUUUCAAGAUCAUUAUUCCCUUCUUCUUGGUUUCUGCCGUUUUUGGCGUCUUGAACCGCAGUUUGGAGCUGCCGCCGUUCAGCUUGUUCCUGUUUGUCCUUAGUACUACAGAUGUCAUGACUGUAAAUUUCUUCUUUUUGGUGCGGGAUGACGGGAGCUGGCUGGAUAUUGGAAUGAGCAUCAGCCAUUUCUGCAUCUCGGGCUUGUUCGUCCUGUUCACCAUAGUUCUUUUUGUUUUGAGCCACGCCUUGGUUGGCAGCGUGCUUAUCCCGACUGAUUCCGAGAGUGGCGGGACAAAGGCGGCCAUCAAGAAAUAUCGGUAAAUCGGACGACAACACAUUGGAUUGGAUCAAAGUGCGUAUAUUCAACAUUUGGAUGCCAAAUAACAUAAUAAACACAUGUUUACAUACAAAUAUACCCAAUGUUCCUAUUGCU